AUGCAACUCUCCAAUGUUUUCAAGCUCGUCGCCAUCGUGGCUCUUAGCGCCCCCGCGCUAGCUAAGCCCAUCGACGUUCAGGACGAGACCGGCCUCGCUGCCCGCGGCGUCGACCCUGCGCGGGGGGACGUCGCCCAGGUCCAAGAAGCCGUGAGUAAGGAUUCCAUCGAAGUUGACCAGGAAAAGGAGAAGGAGGAGGAGAAGAAGAAGAAGCCCGAGGUCGUGGCCCGCGAAGUCAGGACCACCAGCAGCAGCAGCAACAUAAACCCCGUCGAGUCCGCAAACCAUAUCCGCCGUAGCUUGCUCACCCUUGCCAGCAAGCUUCCGAUCCCAGGACUCCCGGGCCUCGCCAUCAAGGGCACGGCUCUCCUCAAGAACGGACUGUCGCUGGUCUCAAAGGGCAAAAAGGCCGCGCAAGCCGCAAAGGGUGUACGGGUUGCGAAAGCCGCAAGGAUGCCCCAGGGAGCUGCCGGGCGCGCAAGAGGCUUCUUUCGCAGGCCGAUGAUGCGCAGACCAAUGAUGCGCGGGUCAAUGAUGCGCGGGUCAAUGAUGCGCGGGUCAAUGAUGCGUGGAGGAGCAGCACGACCUGGAGGCAUGGCUCCAGGGGCAAUGAUUCGCGGAGGAGCACAAUCGGGUCGCAUGGCUCCAGGGAGAAUGGCUCAAGGGGGAAUGGCUCAAGGGGGAAUGGCUCAAGGGGGAAUGGCUCAAGGGGGAAUGGCCCAAGGAGGAAUGGCCCAAGGAGGAAUGGCCCAAGGGGGAAUGGGCAGAUCGAUGAUGCGCCAAGGCUCAAUCCGUCCGCAGACAGCCGUCUCGGGGGCAGCAGCAAUGGCACCGGGAGCGGCCGGUCAGGGAGUCGGACAGGGAGCAGCGGGCUCCGCGGCGGCAGCCGGCGGUCAGGGCAUGGGUGGACAAAUGGCGGCCGGAGCGGCGGGCGGAGGCUUCCUGGGCGGUGCGGCCGCGGGAGCCGCCCUCGCCGGCAGCAUGGGAAUCGGGUUGCAGACCGACACGGGCCGUUGCCACUGCGUGCCCAUCGGACGCAGGGACCUCAAGAGCCUCGCGCGCCGCCAGAUGGAGGGUCAUGGCCAAAACCAAGGAGGACAAUGCCCACCUUGUCCCGCCGGCCAAGUUCUGUUUGCAGUCUCGCAUAAUGGUCAACAGGAUGGUGAUCAUGCUGAUGGUGGUGGUGGUGGUGGCAUGUUCCCACAAGGUCAGCCAAAUUUCUCCUUUAGGCCACAUGGUUCGAUGUAA